UUUUCAGUGUAAACGAAACUGAUCUGAGUCUCUCUGUCGUCUGUCUUUGUGAGAGUGAACAACCGUCCAAAUGGCUCAACAGGGAGUUCUGCUGGACCAGGACCAGUUCUGUUGUUCUGUCUGUCUGGAUCUACUGAAGGAGCCGGUCACUACUAUCUGUGGACACAGUUACUGUAGGAGCUGUAUUGAGGGCUGCUGGGAUCAGGAUGUUCUGAAAGGGGUCUAUAGCUGUCCUCAGUGCAGAGAGACCUUCACUCCAAGGCCUAAUCUGAGGAAAAAUAACAUGUUGGCUGAGCUGGUGGAGAAACUGAAGAAGACAGGACUCCAGGCUGCUCCCCCUCCUGCUCUGUGCUAUGCUGGACCUGGAGAUGUGGCGUGUGAUUUCUGCACUGGGACCAGAAAGCAGAAAGCCCUCAUGUCCUGUCUGGCGUGUCUGGCCUCUUACUGUGAGACUCACCUCCAACCUCACUAUGAAUCUCCUGCUUUCAAGAAGCACAAGUUGGUCAAAGCCACGGCACAACUACAGGAGAAGAUCUGCUCUCAUCAUGACAAACUGCUGGAGGUUUACUGUCGUACCGAUCAGCAGUGUAUCUGUUAUCUGUGUACAAUGGAUGAACAUAAAGGCCAUGAUACAGUGUCAGCUGCAGCAGAGAGAACUGAGAAACAGAGGCAGCUGGGGAUGAGUCAGCAGAAGGUCCAGCAGAGAUUCCAGGAGAGAGAGAAGGAGCUGAAGGAGCUCCAACAGGCUGUGGAGUCUUUCAAGCGCUCUGCACAGUCAGCAGUGGAGGUCAGUGAUCAGAUCUUUACAGAGCUGAUCCGCUCCAUUGAGAGAAGGAGCUCUGAGGUGAAGGAGCUGAUCAGAGCCCAAGAGAAGGCUCAAGUGAGUCAAGCUGAAGGACUCCUGGAGCAACUGAAGCAGGAGAUAGCUGAGCUGAGGAAGAGAAGCACUGAGCUGGAGCAGCUCUCACACACAGAGGAUCACAUCCAUUUCCUCCAGGUAUCAGUCUCUCUCCAGUAUCAGUGUAUCUUCAGACUUACCCAGCAUCGUUGUCCGUCCUCUUCAGUACUUUGGAGAUGUGAGUAAGACUGUGUCUGAACUGAGAGAGAAACUAGAAGACUUCCUUAAAGGAGAAUGGACCAAGAUCUCCACUACAG